CACGGUGAUACACUUAUGUGUUUGGUGUUGGUAAGCAAAAGGCGACCAGUGAAACAUGCCGUGGUUCUUUAUGAAGAGAUGUUAAAAACUGUUAGACAGGAAGCCACAGCCAUCACAUGAGACCAGCUUGAGUGGCUGACGGUGUCUACACGCACUACACGAAUAGAGCAUUCACAGAGAAAUGAGAGGCUUGUUCUAUUUUGUUCUUUGGAUAUUUCCAAUUUUUCCCUCCACAACACAGAAUGAAACCCCUGUGCCUUGUUAUAAGGUUCCACAAACCUGUAUGGACCAGGCUAACAUUCUAUCGUGUAUUGAAGAAGGAAUGAGAACUUGCAUAUCUAAAACCCCUAGGACUCCAAUUCCAACUUUUUUCUCCAGACCAGUUUCCUCAGAGGAAAUGGUUGAUACAGAAAGAGGAUAUAAAAUCCAUGUCUCUGAAGAAGCAAUACAGAAGAGCAGCAGUAGACGGGGGGAAACUUCUAAGGAAGUGGAAUUGAUUGUGUCUAUUCUCAACGAGACUUUGUUCAAGAAGGGAAAUGACUCACAUGAGUCAAGCUCAAUAUUGCAUGGGAAAAAUGUGUUAGGAGUUUGGCUUGGUGUGACAGAAAUUCACAACCUUUCUCAGCCCAUUCAACUCAGAUUCAUAAACACUAAUCAGAGUGCAAACGGAGUCUGUGUCUACUGGCAUCUUGAUAAAAAUGGCAAAGGUAACUGGAGUACUGAUGGCUGUAAUACUAUCAUCGACGGAGGAGAGUUUGUGUGCAGUUGUAAUCAUCUGAGCUUUUUUGCAGUGCUCAUUAAUCCUGAAAUUCCUGAAGAGUCCCACAUUGUCUCUCUCAACUACAUCUCAUACAUCGGCUCUGUCCUUUCAAUAGUAUUCACAGCCCUAAUGAUUGUUAUGUUUCUUUGCAUGAGAAAGAAACAAGGUGACCAUUCAGCCAUCAUUCACGUGCAGCUCUCAGGAUCCCUUUUCUUGUUGCACACCUCAUUCUUGUGCAGUGUGUGGUUUUCAGGCCAGAGAGACAUUGAUUCAGUGUGUCAAGCUCUAGGACUUCUUCUACACUGGUGUCUUUUAGCCACCUUCACUUGGACAGCCAUUGAGGGCUUCCACCUGUACCUGCUGCUGGUGCGGGUCUUCAACAUCUACAUCAAGAGAUACUUGCUAAAAUUAAGUCUUGUGGGAUGGGGUGUACCCACCAUUACAGUGAUGAUAUGCGGUGUGACUAAAGUGUAUGGCAAAUAUAAAUUUUACAGGGAUAAAGAAGGCUCAACUGAUACACCUCUAUGCUGGAUAAGCACACAGAUAGUGAGCUACAUUACUGUGAAUGGUUAUCUCGGGCUGGUGAUGCUCUUUAACAUGGUUAUGCUGGGGGUGGUGCUGGUUAAGAUGCACAAAUUGAGAUCACGAACUCUUCAGAUUAAAGACCAUCAGAGGAGGGCAUGGAAAGAAUGGGUGUCUAUUCUCGGGCUCAGCUGUGUUCUGGGAGUGCCCUGGCUACUGGCUUUCUCCUCCCAUGGCCCCAUGAGUCUCCUUUCGCUCUAUGUUUUCACCAUUCUCAACAGUUUUCAGGGUGUCUUUAUUUUCGCGUGGUUUUUGACUCUCACAUGUCAAGCACGUAAAGAGGAACACAUCUCAUCAAAAGGCACCAUUCAGGUCAGCUUCAACAGUAAUGAAUAUGUGACUACAAGAUAACCAACAGCUGUUCGGUCACAUCACACAGUGGACUUCGAAGGUGGACCCUCCAUUCUACAUCAUAACUUCAAUCUAGUUCUUUUUAUUAAUAAUUAAGUCGUUCAGUGUCUGCAGAACCCCAGGUAUCACAAGGCAAUCUAAAGGGAAUCUGCAUAUAGUAUUAUGGGGGUGGGGUAUUUAUUUCUAAAUGCUUUGAUCUUUGCUUUGUAAUUACCUCCUACUGGUAGUUAUGUGUAAAGCACGUUGUGAAAGAUACUAUCUAAUAAAAUUUCCAAAACCGUUCUUAUAUCUGGUGGGGGAAAAACCCCUGUGGACUCUACAAAGUAUAUAUAUUUUAGAUCAUAUUUAGUGCAAUGAAAAAAGUAAAUAAAUUUAAUAAACAUU